CUAAUAUCUUCAACUGCAGGUCAAUUGCAGGCGCCAUUGAACAGCAGGCGUUUCCUCUGUAGGUAGCUGCUCUGGGGCCUUAGCUACAACUGUGGAUUCUCUUCCGGCAGCCUGCACUACCCCUCAAAUCCCAUCCGUCAUGGAGCAACAGCUCUUGACACUACUUGCAGACACACAGUCGCCAGCGGCCGACACAAGAAAGGCCGCUGAGCUUCAGCUUCUUCGCCUCUAUUCCAAUGAACAGUUCCCCCUCUCUCUCGCCGCCAUAGCCUCUCACGACUCCGUUCCUACCAACCUUCGCCAGUCCUCCCUGUCCGUCCUGCGUACCUUCAUAACGGCCGCUUGGUCGCCGAAUCUAGACGAAUUCAAGGGUCAGGUUCUGAUCAAUGACACCAACAAGGCUCAGCUCCGACGUAUUCUGUUGGAGCUGGCCACCACUGCGGAUGUGCAAGAGCGGAAGGUCAAAUCGUCUGCCAGCUAUGCGGUCAGCAAGAUUGCCAGCGCCGAUUUCCCUGAUGAAUGGCCAGAGCUUCUCCCGUCGCUGCUUCAGGUCAUCAACGAUGCUAAUAGCAGUGCGGGUGCAUUGCACGGCGCGUUGAAAGUUCUGUUGGACCUUGUCGACACCGGUUUCAGUGAGGAGCAGUUCUUUGGUGUUGCCCGCGACCUCGUUACCACUCUCUUCAACAUUGCGACUAGUGAGUCAAGAAAGCCGAUGCUGAGAGCAUUGGCCGUUGCCGUUUUUCGCUCUUGCUUCGAUACCCUGGAGAUGGUGCUUGAGCAGCACAAGGUGGCAGUCAAACAUUUUAUGGAUGAGGCCCCCAGUGAGCAAGAGGAGUCCAAAGAGGGAGAAGUCCCUUCUCAAUGGAGGGGUAUAAUUGGCUUGAAAUUGCAGGUGGUCAAGACGCUUAUGAAGAUUAGAAUGGUCUUUCCCGGCCUCAUGACAGCUCAAAGCCCGGUCUACUUCUCGACUGUCUGGACAGAGCUUUCCAACAUUCAGUCUGCUUACCACGAGUUCUAUAUUCAUGACGAACGACAGGGCCGCUUAGAAGAUGUUGACGGACUCCCUUACACGCUGGACUUCCUUGUGCUGGAAGAGCUUGAUCUGAUUCAAGCCCUUCUAAAGGCACCACCAGUCAAAGCUGAACUCCAGCAGCAGUUGCAGAACGCUGGUCAGGCUGCAGCAACUGCCAGUUGGCUUCCAGAGAUCUUGAAGCUGGCCAGUUCAUACGCCCAGAUUACGACUGAAGAAGAAGGCUUGUGGGACAUUGAUGUGAAUCUCUUUCUAUCGGAAGAGACCUCUGUCACUGCCAAUUACACCCCCCGAACCUGCAGUGGAGACUUGGUCAUUAAACUGGGAGAAUGGCUCAAGGUCACGACUGUUGAGGGUCUCCUCGCCUACAUGAACAAUCUUUUUGCCGACUCAACAUCGACAUGGAAAUCUCGCGAAUCAGCUUUGUUCAUUCUCAACCAGUUACUGCGAGACUUCAAUGAAGUCUCACAGCAGGUAUCUUCCGAGUUGGCGAGUGGCUUCCACAAUUUCGUUACGUUCGCUAUCCAGCAAGAAGAGGAAUUUCUGCGAGCUCGUGGUUACCUUGUGGCAGGUGUCUUGGCUCAAGUUGCGAGCGACGCAUUCCAGCCUACCGCCGUCUCCUACUUUGAAGCGACCCUCAAGGCGAUCGCUGAAGACCCCUCGGAAGUGGUCAAGGUAUCCUGCAUUCGGGCCCUCCAGGAUCUUAUGGCUUCUCUUCCUGCAAGCACUACAGUUCCACUUCAGGUUCCCGUUAUCAACGCCCUGUCGGAGUUCAUCGCCGCGCACGACCUUCAGGAGCCAUCUGAGAGCGACGACCUCAAGGUCACUUUAGCGGAGACGAUCCGCGAUACUAUCAUGGUUAAUCCAAGUGUGGUCUUGUCAUCUGUUGCCAUUGAUGUCCUGUUCAAUAUAGCCAGCAAUGGGGCUACGAAUUUCCAGCUGACAAUGAUCGUUACCGAGGCGUUCGAGGAUAUCGUACAGUCUAUCUCCGAACAGGGUGCUGAUGCUUUCAUUCGUCUCUGUGAAAAAGUGCUCCCCUCGCUCAUGGGCGCGGUUGAUGUGGGCAACCUCACUCAGGAGAAUGCUCUCACAAACUUUGCGGCUGAUCUCCUGCGCGCCUUGACGGAAGGAGCCCUCCAGCCUUUACCUGCCGGAUUUGUAGAGACUGUCAUGCCCAAGCUUAACAGGUUGCUGUUGGACUCUUACGAUGCUGAGCUAAUUCGCCCUGCCACGGAAGCGGUUCGGCACAUUCUUUCACAUGACUUUGAUCAGUUCGUGGCCUGGCGCGAUCCCCAGACUGGCAAGGAAGCGGUUGAAAUUGCGCUGAUAAUCAUUGAUCGGUUGCUGGGCCCGUCGGUCGACGAUAACGCCGCAACUGAGGUGGGACAGCUGGCAGCCGAGCUGGUCGAAAGAGCUGGAGCCGAGAGACUUGGCCCUUAUCUGCCACAGUUGCUCCGCGCUGUAGCUCAGCGUCUUGCCACAGCUCAACAAGCGCAGUUUAUUCAGAGUUUGAUCCUUGUCUUCGCCCGACUGACUCUAAUAAACGCUCGUGAGGUGGUUGACUUCCUGGCGCAAGUCGACAUUAAUGGUCAGAGCGGACUGCCAAUUGUUUUGAGCAAAUGGCUCGAGAACUCGGUCAACUUCGCUGGAUACGACGAGAUUAAGCAGAACAUCAUUGCUCUGGCUACACUGUACAACCUCGAGGACCCCUGCCUGGCUCAAGUGCAAGUCAAAGGUGACCUCAUCAUUCAGGACACGGGUCGCAUCAAGACUCGGUCGCAGACCCGCAACAACCCAGACCGCUACACGACGGUGUCGGCUCCGUUGAAAAUUAUCAAAGUGCUCGUCGAGGAGCUGGCCGCUGCAUCCGGCAGCAAGGAGAUUGAUGCAGCUACCGCGGCCGCUCUAGAGGAAGAGGAUAGCGACGACGAUGGUGAAUGGGAAGACAUUCCCAGCAAUACGCUGGAUCUCAGCCUGGGUGUCACCAAGCAAGAGCUCAUGGCCUUUGGCGAAGGUGGCUCUGAAGGAGUGUUUGGUGUGCGCAAGCGGGAUGACGAGACUCAGGCAUUCUUGCUGGACUUCUUCCACAAUGCGUCCACUAAGCCCGGGUUCGAGCAACUGUUCGCCGCGCUAACUCCCGACGAACAGGAGAAGCUCCGCAGCUUGGGCUGAUCGGAUGUCUUCCCUUUUACCUUGUCUAUUUCUUUAUUCCCACAUAAUACGGUCAAGAUUCUCGAGGACUACUUGACCAGACUUGACGACGUUAUGUAUGUAGCUGCUACUGAAUAGACCCGUAGCACGGCC